UUCAAUUUUUUUUGUCAUCUUCAGAUUGAAGAGCAGCCAUGACUCUGUUUAUAAGUCAAUGAAAGGUGGCUAGUUUUUCAUGGGAUUUUGGAAGGUAGUGAUUUAGUGGCAGAUUCUUCAAUAAGGGCAUAUGAUCAAAUGAUUUUAUUCAACUGUUCAUCUGUUUUUCCUAGUACAAAGGAAACAUGUAUUGCUUUUUAAUCAAGAAGAGGUGAUUUUGAAAGGAAGGCUGGAGGGUGGGAGAAUUUUAGUCGCUGAUUUGGAGAAGGUUGAUGAUUUCAUGAUCUUAUUCAUCAGCACCACAAUCUAAAAGUGCCAAUGGGAUGCGUUUCUUCGAAGAUCGUGGCUCGGUCAAGGAGCUUUCGGGAAGACCUGAGACGGAGCUUGAAGAGGAGAACCGACGGCUUGCCUGCCCUAGAUGAUAUACUCAGCUCCAAGAACGGUGGAGAUCAAUUCCUUGCUCUUGUUUGCACUGCUAACACAGUAGCCAAAAAACUCCAAAAUGGAAAUCUCGCGACAGAGUCCACUACUGAAGUAGACCCAUCUAAUAAACAGACGAACCAAGAGUCCAUCAAUACCAAAGUACUGAUAUUAAUGGACGACAUGGAAGAAAAACAGGGACAACAGCAACAACAACAACAAAAAUCAGUAACAGAAGGAUCUAUAAUCUUCGAUGGGUCCCGUCAAUUAGGUAUUGAAGGGCAGUGUCCAAUCCAAUGUGACAAUAUCAAAGCGGUCCAAGAUAAUGGACCCAUAGUAAAUGGUGGAAGUCUAGUACAUACUCGAAGCAUCGACACCGUUGAGGAGUAUGAUGCAAUGGUCGAAGUAGGCAAUCUACCGUCCCAAGUAGAACAAGAUGGACAAGAUGUAAUAAUUCAUCAUCUCUCACAAAGUGCAAAUGACCAAUGUGUAGGAUCUUCAGGAAGCUCUUUUAACGAGUGUUUGAUGAUUAAAGAGGAAGACGGAAAGGAACAACACACCACCAAUGAUGGCAGGCCUAAUCAUGCCGAGGCUGUUAUCGCAACUGUUGAAGACGUGAAUUUCACAAAUGAAAAGGGAUUUCGGAGGAAGGCGAAGGCGAAAGAGCUGGCCACCCUUAGUAUUCCAACAACAGUUGAUUUUCCAGACUUAGGAAAUUUUGGAGAUUGGAUCGAAUCAAGGAACCAAGUGUUCUCCAAUGGCGAAUAUGUGACACCCAAAUUUGGUAAGUUUUGCAUCGCGAAUCCGGCUUAUGGUGGCGGUGAGUGCAAGGUAUUCGAUCCAGAAAUGCUGGCUUCCUUUGAAGAAGCCAUGAAGCAGCUGACAGAAGAGGAGGAAUGUAUCCUUCAACAGAUUGUAGAGAAUCUGGAGGAAGAGAGUGUUGGAAAGGAGGAAAAUAAGGACGACAUUUCAGAUCAAAUAGAAGGGUAGUAUACAUCUUAGUCAUAUACAUUAUGACUUAGUUUCUUGUCUGUGCCUAUUUAGAUAGAGAAUUAUCAGUAUUAUAAUAUAAAAGUAUCACCAUUACAUUACGAGUAAUUUCUUUCUUGCAAUGAAAAUUGAUCUUUUGUA